AUGUUUCGGGGGACAGGCACAGGUGCACUGCAGACUUGCCGGCCUCCGGGGCCAGUGGGUGUCCUCCAGCCGUUCCCGGCCGACCCGAUCGCACAGAUCUCCGACGGCAGUUCUCAGACCAGCUGUCCGCUCUCCUCUGGGACCCCCCAGCGGGCUUCCUGGCUGCAGAACCUUCCAGAAACCCUCAGCUCCUCCUCCUCUCCCCACAUCUGUGGCUGCCCCGCCUCAGGCAACACCGACGGCACCGUGGGGGGCGUCCUCCCUGCCACCUACAUGCCGGGACCCGCCCCGUCCAGAACACCACUCUACCCUCCUGCCCUCCUUCCCGGGGUAGGGGUAGCCUUCGCCUGCGUCCCCCUCCCUAGCCAGGCUCCCUGCGGUCAGGCCUGGCCUCGCAGGUGGCUAAGCCCAGCUGAGCGGGAGUGGGAGCGGCCCGACCGCCCCCCCCAAUUCCCCGGGAGAGGGCGGAGGAGCACACAGGCGGGUGGACUCCAGCCCCAGAGCCCCCAGGCCACGCCCGCACACCCCUGCAAUGCAGCUUCUGCGGGAGGGCCCGGGUGGGGGGGCGGGGCCGCACGUGGGGCAGGGGUCCACGUGAGUGGGCGGAGCCGGCCUGACGCAUGCGUGGUGCGGGGCGUGGCGUCUCGGGUGCGCGGUUACGUCACUGCAGCUGCGCUCAUGGCGUCUUGCGGCCCUGAGGCUGCGCUUGGGGGGUGCAGUGGCUCGUCCCCAUCCAGCGUCCUGGGCUGCAGCGAGGACUACGGUCAGGCCGCCCGCCUGGUCAGGGCGCCCCCCGAGCGCCCCGGCUCCGUCUCCAGCCUUGGCCUCCCGAGGAACGUGCUCAGCGAGAGGGAGCGCAGGAAGCGGAUCUCGGUGAGCUGCGAGCGCCUGCGGGCCCUGCUGCCCCGUUUUGAUGGCCGGCGGGAGGACAUGGCCUCGGUGCUGGAGAUGUCCGUGCAGUUCCUUCGGCUUGCCGGCACCCUGCUUCCCAGCCAGGAGCCGCACACCGUUCUGGGUCCGUCCAGGGAGGUGUGGCGCGAGCGGCAGACGGACGUUCUGCCGCAGGCCCUGUCGAGUGUGGGCGCAGCAGGGUCCCCAGACUGUGGCGCGGGAGCCUCCGGCCUGACUGUGCCACCGGCUCCUGUGAGCUGUGGGACCGCGGGCGCGGUUGAGGGCGAGGCCCCGCCGGUGGCGGCCGAGGUGGUGGAGGGGCCGCCAGUCCUCCCUGAGCCCUGCAGCCUGCUGUCCCAGCCCCCAGGCCCAAGUCCUCCCGAGGCCCUGAGGCCGCCCCCGCUCUGGCCUCCCUGCGCGUGGCAGCCGCCCUCCCCGCUGGUGAGUGCAGAGGCUCCGAGCUGCCUGGGCCGGGCAGGGCCCCUGGCGGACGGGGCCGACCCUGUCGGGACGCUGGACACCAGGCCCGUGUUGGGAUGUGAUGUGGAAGACGGGGUGUCCUACUUGCUGAACACUGGUCCCGACUGGUGGCUGGGGUCCGUGGAGGGCAGAGGGGCCCGUGCCCCUUCUCGGAGUGCGGUCAGGAGCAGCCUGCUGGACAGGGCCGAGCCAGGCUUCCCAACGGACCCCGAGCCCGGCCUCCACGAGCUCCCGGAUGGUCCCCUGGAGCCAUGGGGCUCGGAUGCGGGCUGCCCCAGCCUGGCCCUGCGGGAGGAGGUGGACAGUAUCUUCCCCGACUUCUUCCCCUGCUAG